AUGGCAGAUCAUCCCGUACUCAAGUAUGUGUCGGCAGGUGCAUGGUCUUUGGUCGAACCGCUCUUCUCUCCCCGAGCUAAGGAUCUACUAAUCAAACUCAUCGAGUUCAUGGAGAACGAUGUCCUACCUUCCGAAAAGCUAUUUCACGCCCAGAUACCAAACUCCCCCGAAGCUAGAUGGGCAUCAAUACCCCCUGUCUUAGAAAAGCUCAAGGUCAAAGCGAAAGAGCUGGGAUUAUGGAAUUUAUGGUUGAGUGGUGGUGAUUUCCAGGGAAUGGCGGGUGGAGAAGGUGGUGGACUGACCAAUUUGGAGUACGCAGUCAUGGCUGAGAUAAUGGGUCAUUCGGCUAUACUCGCUCCUCAAGCUACCAACUGUUCGGCUCCCGACACGGGUAAUAUGGAGGUACUGGCUAGAUUUGGUACGCCACAGCAGAAAGAGAAGUAUCUCGUACCGUUGUUAAAAGGCGAGAUCAGGAGUAGUUUCUCAAUGACAGAGUAUGGAGCCGCCUCAUCAGACGCCACCAAUCUACGCAAUACCACCGCCCUCCCAUCCUCCUCGGGCAAGCUAUCGGUCAAAGGUCAUAAAUGGUGGAUCACGGGCGCAGGCGAUCCUCGAAACGUUAUUCAUAUCGUCUUGGCGGUAACAGAUCCCAAAAACCCCUCUCCGCACAAAAGACAUUCUUUAGUAUUGGUUGAUCCACGUUCGAAAGGUGUGAAGAUCGUCAGACCACUCACGGUCUUUGGGUAUGAUGAUGCACCUGAGGGUCAUUGUGAAGUGAUUUAUGAUGGGGUAGAGGUCGAUGUGGAUAGUGGGGUGGUAGGUGGAAAGGCAGGAUUGGGCAGGGGGUUUGAGAUUAUCCAAGCUAGAUUAGGUCCAGGAAGACUACACCACUGCAUGAGAAGCAUCGGUAUAGCUUCAAGAGCAUUGGAUAUCCUCUUACAAAGAGUAUCGGACCCCAAUAGGAAGACGUUUGGGAAACAUCUCAGAGAGCAUGGUACUGUCCUCGCCGAUAUAGCUCAUUCUCGAGCCGAAAUCGAUUCAGCAAGAUUAUUGGUUCUAGCAGCCGCCAGAAGGAUCGACAUAGGUGGUGCUAAAGGUGCGAUGCAGGAUAUAGGUAUUGCCAAGUUUACCGUACCAAGUAUGGCCCUGAAAGUGAUCGAUCGAGCUAUGCAAGUACAUGGCGCGGAGGGUGUAUCGGAGGAUACGCCAUUAGCUUACUACUAUGCGAGUAUGAGAACCCUUAGAUACGCUGAUGGCCCGGACGAAGUUCAUAUUCAACAGAUCGGUAAGAAUGAGCUGAAAAGAGUCGAAGGGCUCAGACAGAGAUCUGAGAAGGUUAAGAAGGAAAGUGAUAGGUUAUUGAGGGAAGAUGGGAAACUGAAAGCGAAAUUGUAA